GAGGAGGAGGGUCGGAAAGAAUCAUGGCUGAGGAAGAAGAAGAUAACUCGCAAGCUCGGCAAAGCGUACAGGAGCUGGUUGAUCAGUUGUACUAUUUUCGUGACCAUUAUUUUGAGAGCCACAGUGUUGAGGAUGCUGGGAAAAAGCAGCAGGAUGUACGGGAAGAGAUGGAAAGGACUCUGCAGGCGAUGGAAGCGAUAGAAGGUCUGCCCCAGGGACGAGCCCACACACUGAUGCUGAGGGGGAAAGCUCUGAAUGUGUCUCCGGAUUAUAGUGCCCAAGCUGAAGAGCUGCUCUCCAAAGCUGUCAAGUUGGACCCAGAACUGGUCGAGGCUUGGAAUCAGUUAGGGGAAGUUUACUGGAAAAAGGGUGAUAUUUCUGCUGCCCAUACCUGCUUCUCUGGAGCCCUGAGCCAUCGCAAAAACAAGGUCUCCCUUCAGAAUCUCUCUAUGGUGCUACGACAGCUGCGCACAAGCUCCGCUGAUGAGCAUGUGCAGAAUGUCAUGAACAGCGUGCGGCAGGCCAAACUGGCUGUGCAGAUGGACGUACGUGACGGCCGCUCCUGGUAUGUCCUGGGCAAUGCCUACCUCUCCUUGUUCUUCAAUUCAGGACAGAAUCCCAAGAUCUCCCAGCAGGCGCUGAGUGCCUAUGCACAAGCAGAGAAGGUGGACCCCACUGCAUCGUGUAAUCCUGAUCUGCAUCUUAAUCGAGCCACGCUCUAUAAGUAUGAAGAAAACUACACAACAGCUCUGGAGGGUUUUGCACGGGCUGCGGCCCUCGACCCAGCUUGGUCAGAACCACGUCAGCGGGAGCAGCAGCUGGUUGAUUUCCUGGAGCGGCUCACCGGUCUCCUUGAAAAUAAAGGAAAGGUGAAAGGGAAGAAGCUGCAAAGCAUGCUGGGAAGCCUGCGCCCUUCUCAGUUGGGCCCCUGUGGGGAUGGCCGUUACCAGGGCCCCUCGGGUCAGAAGGUGGAACUGGAGCACCGGCCCCUCAGUACCCUGAGGGUUGGGGUUAACACAGGCUCUGUGGUGCUGGGAAAAGUUCUGUUCAGCUUGACUACAGAGGAGAAGGUGCCUUUCACUUUUGGCUUGAUGGACUCUUCUGAGGGGUCCUGUUUUGCUGUUACCAUUUACAACAUGGCACAAAGCUGGGGGGUCCUCAUUGGGGACUCGGUGGCUAUUCCUGAGCCUUAUCUUCGGCACCAUCACAUCCAGCACCAAGGCAAGAGUUUCACUUUCUCGAGCAUCCGCGUGGAGACCCCUCUGUUGUUGGUGGUGAAUGGCAAGAUGCAGGGAUCCCAGAGCCAAGCUGCUGCGACUGUGGCUUACCAGGCCCAGAGUGAAUGACGAGAGGUGGGAGGCAAGGGAGCGCAUCCCCCAUCCAGCAAAGCUUGGCCUCUGGCCUUUAUUGGGCGGUUCUCAUCAGAUCUAGAAGAACUGUGACCUAGGAAGGUUGGGCUGGUUUUAUCUUUUGCUUGGGCAUGGAAGCUGAAUGGAAGAGGUGGGAAUAAGGGAAAUAUGGCCUGUGCAUGCGCUCAAACUGGGAGUUAGCUUUGUUUGGCUCUUCUAAACAAUUCCAUUUCUGCAGACACCCGAAUGUGCUUUAUUGCACUGUUUUAACAAAACUGAGCUCAAUCAGUGAGAGGGCAAAAAGGAAGAGGGGACUUUUAAUUUCCCUCCACAUCUGUUCUCCUGUUGGAGUCAUCCUACGUGUGAUGUUGAAGAUCUACCAUCAGAUCCCCAAUUGUUUUAGUUGAGCCUUAAAAGCCAGGGCUGACUUUGAUGUAGUCCUUAAAAAAGAAACCCCUAUUUCCCCUCCUGUACGAUUUCUCUUAUCAAACUUCCUAGAAGGGAAAACAACUGGCCUCUCUUUUAUCCCUACUUGGGGGAAGGAGAGUCAUGAUGGUUUUGAUUGGGGAAAAUGGCAGCAAUUUUUAAAGGGUAGACCACACAUUGGAGAUCCAAUGUCUGUUUCCCUGAAGCCACGUUGGCCCUCAGACUUCUCCCACUUUUCCUGACACCAUUUUUGUCUUUAUUCUAUCAGAGGCCAGUUGCUCACUCCAGUUUCAGUUGGGUUUGGGCUCUCAAGUUCCUUGGGAUCGAAGUCUUGUAAAUCCUAUUUGCUCAAGGUCUGUUGUGUCUGUGUGUGUGUCUCUGUGUGUGUGUGUAUGUAUGUGUGUAUAUAUAUAUAUAUAUAGGAGAUAACCUGUAUUUAUUUGGCAAAGUUUGAGUUUGCUUUUGUAAGAUUUUUUUAAAAUAUACAUUUUCCAGACUUUUCCCGCUAGGCAAUAAACAUUUGUUCUUUGCCCUUCA